AUGUCGACUUUGAGAAGUGAGACGAAGGACUUACUUGAAGGGUGCGUCUUAUGUUGGAAAGUCAACAGUACGGAUAUAGGGCGCAGUUCCUCGACGCCGGCUUGUUUCUCGUCGCUUCACGUCACGUCACCGCGACGACCUCGCGCGCCACUACCUGGUGCACUCACUCAGCCGCCUCGCGGGUUUUCCCGAGGUCGAGUCUUUGGCCCUGUUUUUCUCGACGACGACGACGACGAUGAAUGCUGCAUGCGGGAAAAGCCGGUGGAAGUGACUCUGAUCUCGCUGGCCUUCGACGAGUAUAACUGGGCUGCUGACUGGUACCACUCUACUACAUACGCGCGGGGAUGGGUGUUAGUCGCUGCCGUGUGCUGCAUCGCCUGGCAGCCAGCUGUCGCCGCGACGAGAGCCAGGAGCAGGCGGGCGACGGGAGGAGGACUCCCGCGGUUGCAAUGGAACCAGUACACGAUUCUGCAGGCCGCCGAGUUGGUGGCGACGGGCGAAUGCUCGGACUACGUCGUCGGCGUCCAGUUGACUUCUUCCCUGGGUCCCUUCGAUUCGGGACGCCUCGAACUCGGGAGCCCCGGAACUCGGUGCUUCCGGGAAGUGGAAAUCCGGGGAAGUAGUCAAGUGAACCUUCGGCUCUCCUCCUACGAAUGUCGAGAGGAGAUGGAAGAACGCAUGCUCCCGGUUCAAGUAAAGGUAACUCUGGGAGCGCGGACGUUGACUACGUCAGUCAAGUGUUUGUUCAAACCGGACUCCACUGCGUACUGGAAACGAUCCUACGGACGACGAUCCGUCGCGUCUACUUCAGACUUGGUUCCAGCGAAGCCGCAGAUUCUGCUGUCUGAAGACGAGUUCAAAGUGGUGGGCUACUGCGAAGAGAACCAGAUGCGGAUCAUCCUCAGGAGCACGGCCGGGUUCGACGGACUCGUGCACUUGGGCAAACCCGGCGACGCCAGUUGCUUCAAAGACGAAUGGGGCAUGUCUCAGAGGUCCCUGCAACUCAGUCUCAAGUAUGCCGACUGCAAAAAACAAGCUGGGCAGAUUGUGUUUGGGUUGCCAGUUGGUGUUGUUACGGAAGACAAUCGGGUGUUGACGGCUAAUUUGAAGUGUUACCGGCCGUACGUGGACUCUGACGAACUUCCGUCAACAACACUGUCCCCAUCUCGCAUCGUUGACCCGCGUAAAGAUGUGAAAAGCUUUGGGUUGCUGAGAUCCAGAGACUUGACGAUUGACGCGAGCUGCGGCCGAGGCAUGAUGUGGGUGACGUUGUCUGCCCCAGAUGGGUUCCGUGGCAGGUUGCUGUUUGGCAAACCCGGCACCGCGUGCUUCAAGGAGUUCCCGGGGGUAUAUUAUGUUCAGCAGCGCACUGCCGUCGUCUUGCGACUGUCGCGGGCAAGGUGUGCGUCCUACGAUGAG